UUUUUUUCCAGCACAAUGAAAUUCGUACUAUUACUUUGCAUCCUUAGCGCUGUGCUGCUACAAAUUCAAGCCUCUCCCGUUCAGCUUGCCGAGCGUCAAGAGCGUGCCAUUGCGAGACAACAAGCCGUCAACGAUGUAGCACCUGCGGUAGCGCCUGCCGACGAAGAUGAUGAAGAUGACGACGACGAUGAUGAUGACGAUGAUGAGCCCGAUCUAGGCGAUCUUGUGGACGAUGACGAUGUUGUAUUUCUUUCGGGGCUUUCAGAUGAUGACGAUGAUGAGGAAGACGAUGACGACGAAGAGGAUGAUACGCCACAGGGCCAGGCGGCGCCAUCGCCUGCUGCUGCCAGCGAUGAUGAUGAGGAUGACGAUGACGAUGAUUAUCUAGAUCGAUUGUUCGAUGACAUUUUGGGUGAUGAGGACGAUGAGGAUGAUGAUGACGACGAUUCCCGCCCAGUUGUUGCCAGCGCGCCCGUUGCCGCUGCCCCCGCAGCACCUGCAGCCUCUCUAGACGAUCUUGCGCCCGUCGGUCAAUCGGCGCUGAACAGUGGCAUCUCCGACGGUGUCGAUCUACCAGUCGAAAGUGGUAACGUUGCCGAUGCAGUACCUGUUGGAAAUUCAGCCGAUGAUGCCGUUGCUGCCUCAAGCAACAACAACGAAGGUGAACAAAAUGUUUUUUACGAUGAAGAAUUUAGUAAUAAUUUUGUAGAAGAUGGCAGUAGCUUAGAGCCAAUAUUAGAAGAAGAUGAAGUAGUUGAAGGUAUCGAUGGUAGUGUUAUUGAUGGUAGCGUUGGUAUUAGCGAUAGUGAUAAUAACGGCAAUGUUGCAACAGAUAUUGCCGCACACAUCAUCAGUUCAAAUACAAAUACAAAUACGAAUCUCAUAACGCAUCAUACAAAUACAAAAACCCAUAAUAGUCAGACACCAUCAAAAUCAACAACAUCCACCACGUCACAGAAUCUCAAUCAAAUUCAUAAUCAUAACAAGAACUCGCUAAAAAAAACACCCACAGCAGGUGCAACAUCUGCAUCAGCAACAUCAGCCACGCAAAAAAUAACUAAAACAAAAACAACAACAACUAAUACAAAAACAAAUGGUAGUGGUAGUGGUAGUCAAACGAAAAAGCAAACGCUGGCAGAGCCAAGUGCCGCAGGUGUGAACGCUGCCGCCAAACCAGCAGUGAGUGGCGUGGCAGCAGCGGUCAAACCAGCGGGUGGCGCACCAUCUGUUGCUUCUAGUUUGAAUAACAAUAAUAGUAAUGUUAAUAAUGAGGGAGAUGAUAAUGAUGAUGAUGAUGAUGAUGAUGAUGAUGAUUACGAUGAGGAAGAUGAUGAUGAUAUUGAUGAUGGAGUCGCUGAACUUACAGGUGCCAUAACAGGUGAUGACGAGGAGGACGACGAAGCCGACGAUGAUGAUGACGACGACGAUGAUAUCAUCGGUGACAAUGUCAUUGAAGCAAGACGUGAAGCACGAAACCUGAAGAACAACAUUAUCGAAAUGACGAACGACGCCUUCCAAGAGCGACACAAUCAAUUCAUCGAUUCGAUAUUCUCGCGCAUCAAUCGGAUUGUAGCCAACAAUUACGAUCCCUUUGUAGUGCGCUUGCAUGCCAGAGCGGCGACCAAGAAAGUGACGACAGCAGGCAGCACAGCGGGAGGGCAUACGACCGGGUCAACAAAAGCCAAACCAGCAAAAUCGGCAACAAAAACUAAAUUAAAAAAUACUAAAUCAGAGCCACGCUCUCUGGAUGAAGAGCCACGCCGCAUGGAAAUGAGUGAGGCCAAGACACAAAGCAAAUUACAGGAACAACUGCAACAGUUACAAUUACAACAGGAGCAAAGCAUCAAAGCAGUGGCUGCUGAAAAAAUGUCGACUGUCGGUGAUGCUAAAUUACCGGCAAAUGCCGGCGACGCCCUCGACACGGCCGCCAAUUCACCGGAAAUGCGCACCGUAUUAAAUGGGGACGCUAAUAGGGCUGAGAGUCAAAAGAAAACUUCAAACAAAGCGCACAAGACACAUACCAAAAAAAAUCAUUCCACUACCAGCAAUGCCCACAACAACAACAACAACAGCGCAGGUUCAAAACUAAAACAGAACACGAAAAGUAACGGCAAUAACAACAACGUCGCCAUUGGCAAGGAAGUUGAAAAGCUGCAAAAAGCUGAAGGCAGCCUCUCUGGGCUGGCUUCAUUGAAGCGUGUCGGCAAUGUGAAAGUGGUCGCCGAUCCGGAAGGCUCCAACUCAACCAUAAAGGCCAAAUUCACUUUGGGUCCAUUGACUUUGCGCGUGGAAAAGUCAUUCAAACGCGGUAGCGUGCAUAGUGUGAAAAGCGCUACAGCGCGUACAAACGAGAUGAUUGGGCGCAUCAAAUUUAGUGUUGUCAACGAUCGCGCCACAUUGAUGUCCAUUAAGGUGCAGCAGCCGAAACAGGUGGAGGUCGAGAGCAAGGACAAUCAUGACCGCACACGUGAAUUUGUUUGGCGGCGCACACCUAAAAUCGCUAAAUUAGUUAAUGAGAAACUGAAAUUAGCUGCGGAAUCGCUAUUUACAACCCAAGGUGUUGAAGUGGUGAGGCUGUAAAACUUCGCCGCAAACUGCUUAUUUAGUUAAAUUUAUAUAUACACAAGAAUUUUAUGCAUGUGCGUAUUUUGGUGGAAUGUGUAAGGACCGAUGUCCAUAACAUAAAUUAAUGGAUUUUAAUUGCAAAAACCUGACCAUAAUGACAAAUAUUUGCAAAAGAGAUUUCACGCAGAUGUAUUAGUAUUUACCUAAAUUAGUUUUAUAAAAUAUUUAAUUACAAAAAGGUGUUUACUUAUCCAUUCGUAUUUACUUUUAAUUGCUUCGACAGGUCAGAAUGCUACAAAAACUAUUUUAUUUAUUUAUUUAGGGUAAAUUAAC